AACUGUUCAACACCGUCCCUGUAAAGUGAAAAGCUGUGUAAUGGAGGCGUAGUGUUUUUGUUUUGAUUCCUUUCAAACCGGUGAUGGCACUGGCUCGAUAGCUUUAAGGACGCCGACGGUGGUAAACAUUGCGUAGCGUCGGUGGGAAAGAUUGGAUAAUGCAGCAGUUGGUGUGAUGGUUUCGUGUUGAUAUUGAAGCGUUUAAUUAACAGUGGCGCUUUCCUUAACAAGUGAGCUGAAAUAGAUACUUUAAAAAAUAAUCAAACAUUUCGCUGAUAGGACGGGCAAAGCCUAUCCCAGCGCCGGACACGAAAGCUGCACGCAAUACGCGCACAGACCUGUUUGCGCCAAUCGACCUGCCAAGCCCUGCAGGCCUUCCCUUGUGUUUUUCUUCUCUCGCUCCCCACUCGGGCGGCUCCGUGAAGGGGUGUUACUUUUUCCACCCUUUCACAAUCACUCACACACGUGAUCGCGAGGUUUCGAAGUUCGUUCGGCGCUAAGUGUUGCGUGAGUACUGCUAGUGUUUGUGCGUGUGUGUUUGUGAGUGCGUCUGUGUGCUAAGGUGAUCUUUCACAGCCUCGACAAGCAACUGCUCCAAUAUCGGUUCGUUGCCGGUUACACACAGUGUGUGAUCUUGCGCUUUUUGUCAGUAGUGAAGUUAUUGUAGUUGCUGAUUGUGCUCCCCUGUCCCGUGUGUAAAUUUGUGUAUUUUUUGCGUGCGUGCGUGCGCGUAAAUGGGGAGAUAUAAGUGUAAGUGUGCUAGUGUGUAAAAACGAGUGUUUGUGCGUGUGCGUGUGUGCGUGUGUGUGUGUGAAAAUCUACAAGUGAUCGAUUGUGCAGUGUUUGCAGCGGCAGCGAGUUCUCUCUAUCAAGCUGCGGCCGCCGCCGCCGGUUGACUGCAGGUGAUUCGGUUUUGCAUCGCCGAGAUCGCAUCUGUAGUCUACCGGAACGAUCCCUCGUACCGUACCCGGUUUAUGUUUCUUCGUCCAUCGUCUUCGCUCGAACGCUCUCGUCAACCGAAACCAAAGUGCGACGAGACGGCUACGACGACGGAACAACGGGUCAUUAAUUUCCAGCGUGACACGGCACACGGGCCGUGCAACGAGUGGCAACGAAUAAUUCGACCAGCGGCCACAAAAAACCAACACCCCUCUAUAGCACCAUGCGUCCGGUCGACGCAUCCCGAAACAGUCGCAUCCUGCUCGGUGCGAUCGUGAUCCUCGCGAUCUCGAUGCGACAAGCCACUGCCAGCGCUUCGUUGUCUGGAUAUCGGGAACCGUGCACAAACGAGGGCGAAGAGGUUAGGAUCAGCAUGCCGUGCUUCAAGUGUAUCUGCAAGAACGGCUUCGUGGAGUGUGAGCAGGAAAGCUGCCCGGCGGUGGACGAUUGCUACAUCUACAAAAAGAAAGGUCCGGAUGAAUGCUGCGACAAGUGUAUCGGAUGUUUAUACGAGGGCCGCCACAUCGACAGCGGUACCGAGUGGACCGAUCCGGACGAUCCCUGCAUGCACUACAAAUGCGUUUCCGGUGUGGUAACGCGCUCGGAGAUGAAAUGUUACGCACCGUGCUCGGAUCCGAGUCCGCCGCGCAAAGGCCAGUGCUGUCCGACCUGUUUAGGUUGCCGACUGAACGGACAGAAGGUGCUUGGGGAGGCGACACUCAGCGAGGAUCCGUGCGUGAAGUGUACGUGCAGCGGGCACAAGCUGACCUGCACGAAGCGCUCCUGUCCGGUGCUGCAGUGCCCACUGUCCAAGCAGAUCCGCACGCCGGGCGAAUGCUGUCCGCGGUGUAACGACCGGCGGGAGGAAAUCCAUCGCGGCUCGCCGAUGUGCAUCCUUGGCAAGGCGGUUCACUUCCCGGGCAAACCGUACCAUGGAGAUCAGUGCUCGAACUGUACCUGCCAGAAUGGGACGUCCGUGUGCGAGAAGAGCACCUGCCCGAUACUGGAGUGUGCGCUGGAGGAUCAGCAACGGGAGCCGGGCGAAUGCUGCCCGUCCUGUCCGAUGCCGGCCGAGUUCCGGAGCACUUGUGCUGCGGCAGGGAAGGUUUACCAGAACAACGAAACCUGGAGCCUGAACGCGUGCACGUCCUGCGAGUGCCGGGCGGGCGAGGUCCGCUGCGCCAACAUCCAGUGUCCGAAGAAAAAGUGUGGCCCGAACGAGACGCUCCUCUCCGUGUCGGGCGAAUGCUGCCCGCGGUGCGUCGAAAGCCCGGCCGUCUGUACCGUGUUCGGCGAUCCGCACUACAAAACGUUCGACGGGAACUUUUACAGCUUCCAGGGCUCGUGCAAGUACCAGCUGACGGCGGACUGCGUCGGCCACACGUUCUCGAUACGCGUCACGAACGACGCGCGGCUGACGAAGUACUCCUCCUGGACGAAGACGGUCACGCUCAAGCUGGAGGGCGUGAAGGUGAACCUGGGCCAUCGGAUGCGCGUGAAGGUGAACGGGACGCGGGUCGAGCCACCGUACCGGUUGAACCAAACGCUCGACAUCCAUCGCAGCGCGGACGGCACGGAGGUGAUCGUGGAGACGGCGCUGGGCGUGAAGCUGUCCUGGGACGGGCUAAACUUCAUCCAGGUGCAGGUGCCGACCGCGUACAAGGGCAAACUGUGCGGGCUGUGCGGUAACUACAACAGCAUCUUCCGGGACGAUCUGUUCACCCGGGCCGGCCUCAACAUGACGCACAACGUGUGGCGCUUUGCCCGAUCGUGGGCCGUCGGCGGCCCGAAGGCGUGUACGCGCCAGCGCAAGAAGGAGCUGGCCGCCCGCCAUCCGCAGUGCAAAACGAAGAAGCUGUACCCGCUGUGCAAGCCGCUCCGGACGGCGGAAGUGUUCGGCCGGUGCAACUCGCUGCUCAACCCGGACAACUACUUCGCGUCCUGCAAGUUCGACAUGUGCGAGUGUCCGCAUCGGCAGUGCUACUGCGACAGUAUGGCGGCGUACGCGCACGAGUGCGUCCGGCAGGGCGUCCAGCUGCCCGACUGGCGCACGCUGACCGGGUGCAGCCGCAAUGCGUCCGGUUUGCUGCCACCGGCAGCCCGAGCAGGCGGUGGACCAUUGCUGCUGCUCGAGCCGAACGCGAUCGAUGCCGGCAUCUUGCAGCAGCUGCCGGGUGGCAACAGCAUACGGCGCCAUCCGAAGCGAUUGCGCCGGCCGAAGCUGAUCGAGCCGAGGGAGCAGCAGGGGCUGGAGCUGGAUCUGCCGCUACAUCUCACGCACGACCGGAAGCAUCACAAGCUGCUGCAUCAUCCACUGUACCGGAAGCAGCAGUUGCAGCAGCAGCAGCAGCAGCAGCAGCAAAAGCAACAGCAAAACAACAUCCCAUUGCAACCGAUCAGUGGCAAUCGUCGGACACCGCCACCACUGCAGCGUUAAGGUCCCUCCCUAGAGUGCAUCCUUGGGUCGUCUCCCUUCCUGAACUUCACCCUCCCCUCGGUUUGCUCUGGAAGCGAACACAGGGUGGUCAAUCUGAUCUGCAACAACUCCUCAUGCCAUACAUCAACCCCAGUAUAUUCCACCCCAUCCAUUCAUCCCUCAUUCUAUCUCUCUCUCUCUCUCUCUGUCUCUGUCUCUCUCUCUACUCACAUUGCCGAAGCAGAAGAAAAUGCUCCCUCCCCCCUCUCCUCCCCCCCGCAAUUCUCGCUUGUGUUGUAUUGCACCUUUACUUUAAUACUGUGUAGCAGGAUCGUUUAGGAUUAUUUGUUUGCUUGCUAAGGUCCGUAGGUUAAUUUCCGUCAGGCACACCCGGCCUCUUCUGGGGGUGUUUUUUGUACAUAUUAGUUAACUGCAGGGGAAAAUGUGUUGUUGUGUGUGUGAAAAAUCUGGCCCCCGGCCCCGUUUUGCUCUCCUCUCCCUCCCCGCAGUGUUUUACACCGAAGAAAGUAGAAGAAAAUGGGGGAAAAUAAUAGGACGAUGAUGAAUCUGCGCGAGUAACAUGUAUAAUCUCACUUAACAAAACAGAACGAAAAAAGGGAAUUAAUGUGUGUGUGUGUGUGUGUGUGUGUGUGUGUGUGUGUGUGUGUGUGUGUGUGUGUGUGUGUGUGUGUGUGUGUGUUUGUAUGAAUGUUUGUAUGUAUGGAAGAGUGCAACGACCAAAACCAAUCCAAGCAAACACAGUCCUUAACCGGCCUCAAACAGGCAACCUACAAAACGGUUGCCAGAGCAACCCAAAAAAGGGGAGCAUUUAGGGAGCUUAUUCGUCCCUUUUUUACUUUUUUUAAUUUUCGUAUUGAUUAGUGGAAAAAAGGGAAUGGAGAGGAAAUACGGAGAGUGUAGGAAGCGGGGGCUGGAAGUCUUCUAUUUUUAAGUACAAAAAAAAGUCACCGACCGCUGCGAGGUGGUGAUUUAGAAUGGUUUUGCCUUUCUGGUUCGGAAUUACACCACUUUAAAUCUUUUUUUUGUAAUGGUUUUUAUUCUAUAUUCUGGAAACAUUCUAUAUAGAAGCCUCUUUUUAUGGUUUUUCAUAAUUAGUAGCAUUUUUCAGUUUGUCCUUGUGCCUUCCAACCUUUGUUUUAUCUUCUUCUUCGAAUCGCGCCUAGCUUAGUAAUUUUAUUAUCUUAGUAUGUAAUUGUAUUUUAUUUCAUAUUAAACUCAUCCUAGCGAAACAUUCAGCCCCAAGUUUUGUGAAAGGUUGCUAAGCGCCUAUUACUACGAUUAAGAAUGCUAACUUGUAAACUUCUUAUUCUCGUGACAGUUCAUCAGUAUUUAUUUUUUGCUUGUUUUUAAACUGUCCAUACACACACAUACACAUAACCGUUACGUUCAUCGCUCAACAUCCUUUUAUCUUGGCUCGUCUCGCUUUUCCGACGAUAUUGCUAUGAUUUUGGAAAAGUUAAUUUCACCUUAACUCCCUUCCUUCGCCACCCUGCACCCAGCACACCUGCAUUGUGUUUAUCGCUUGCGUACGUGUUUAGUCUGGCCAUUAUUUGGCACCGGAAGUUUAUCUUGUCCCCUUGAGGCGGGCCACUCCUCCUCCUCGUAGAAAGAAUCGACCGCAUCAAGCGCCCGCAUGCUGGGAAGGAAAUGUUUAGCCAGCGAUUUUGGAAUAGCGAGAGCUACUUGGAUGCGAAAAUGAGGUGUGCGCGUGUGAAAAAAAAAGGAAAAAAAAUCUCAACAUUCCAUCAUUGACCGUUGCCAUGGGAUUUUUUUUCUCUUGCAUUUUCUGUAGUGUUUUGGUUUUGCUUUGUGCCAACACAAUCCUUUGCUGAUACUUAAUUUGAUACUUAAUUUGCUGCGCUGCGCAUCAUGCUUUUGCGUAAAGGGCGUUGAGUUUGACGAGGCGCAAAAAAUGAUUACUUAAGCCAAUCUCGCUGAGCUAGUGGGGGCCGAGCUGAAAGGAUGCUGAAAGGAUGAACGGGCCGGUUAGAAGUAGUUAAGGUACGACUUUAUUAAACUAAAAUUAAAGAAACAAUAAAUAAACACAAACAAGGCCACAAACCAACUCUCCAGUGAAAAUGAUACUAAACUGUUCUAGGUGUAAACUGCUUUAGGUAAGGAGGUUUAAGGAAGGAUGAAGAAGGCAAGAGCAAAGAAGAUACAAUAGAAAGAUAGAAGCGAAAGGGAGCGUGAAAAAAGGUAAAAGCUAGAGGUGAAUGCUGGCAAUGAAGCGGAGCGUGAAAAAAUAUGUGAUCUCGUGAGUGAAUUAGUUAAUUGAAUUUGAACAAAACCGUGGCGUGCGAAAGAUGGGUGAACGAAAUGGGUGAAAUGCAACAAAAAAAAAAAAUCGAAUGAGAAUGUGUUGCGUACGUGUGUUGUGGGUUGUAAGGGAGAAAAUGGUUAUUAAAAGGAUUUCGAAAAAAAAACGAAGUUACUCAAAUUUUCAUGCGUAGGUAAUGGUGUUAAAAUUGGCAAAAUGUAGGGAAGAGACGAGUGAGUUCGAUUUAAAAAGAAAAAUUAAAUGAGAAGAGCAAACAUGUUAAACGUGCAACGCACAAAUACACGCACCCAUAAAUGCAAAACUUUUACAACGAUUGAACUGGUGAUCGAUGAUUUGUUUUUAAAGUAUCUCUAAUGGUUCCUACAUACAUACCAACAUUGCACACCGAAACACACACACACAAACACACACACAAACACGGAGCCAAGCGGCGGCUACAAGCGCGUAGGAGCAACACUACACACAUCGAUACACAUUCAUGCUUACACUCAAAAAUCAAAAAGUUACGGAACAAAAACUAGGCUUAAGAAGCGAGCAGUGUAAGCAGGUUAAGCCUAAUGAACUAAUGGAAAAAAACACACAUACAAAUGCGUAAAGAUUAAUCUAAUUUAUUGUACAGACUCGAAGUUAGCGAAGAAGCUAAAUUUAAUGAAACAGUCUCCUUCCCUCCCCCCCUCCCCCCUCCAAAUCACCGUUGAUCCGGUAUUUGUUUCCUCGUGUUUUGCCAAAACCAGCAUAGGAAAAUGCUGCCCCGAGGCAAUGAUAAACUGCCCCGACACCGAGGAGGGCGCUCUUGUGCGUGUUGUGAGUGAAAAUGACCAACCAGUAAUAAAAUACAGUGUAUGUGACAAAAUCA